UUGGCUUGAAACUGCCGCAUGUACCAGGUUUCAAAUGGCGGAUUACAGUGAAAAGUGCAGUGAAGAUUGUUCUUUCGAUUACAGCGACGAUAAACACAAAGGCGUAUGCCUUAUUAAAGAAGAAUUCAUAAUCGAAGAUAGAAUAAGAUUACAAAAUGAAGAGUGCCUCGUUGGGACGAACAAGCGCAGUGCGGAGGAAAGUAUUAACGCGAAUGACGAGGAAACAACGUCCGACGAAUUUUCACCGAAAAGAUUCAAGUCGGACGAUAAGAAAGAGAAACUUAGGGGUCAAAACAAGGCUAGACCGCCACCGUUCAAAACAUUGCGCGAAUCGAAUUUGUGCCCAUGGAUAGCGGAUCAGGCAGAAGGGGAGAUUGAGAAAAAAUGUGAAAAUAAGCGUUGUUCGUUCUUACACGAUCGAAAAGAAUAUUUACAGAUAAAGCCGAGCGACAUUAACGAGGAUUGUUACCUCUUUGAUCUGAUGGGUAGAUGCCCUAGAGGCGCCGCGUGUAGAAUGGGUUCGAAACAUCUGACCGAAGAUGGUUUCAAUAUAGUAGACGCGAAGAAGUUACAAGAAUUUAAAAAGAAACCCUCGUCUACGCAAAAUCAAUUGUCCAAAGUUCUUCAAAAUAAGCUUAGAAAGCAUAAAUAUAAUUUUUCCAAGGCAGAGACAAUCGUUAAAGGAAACAAUCCUUCCGCCAAGAAGAUGUCUACCAAAAGUCAGACUUCGAGCGACAAAGAAGAAACGUCUCGACUGAAAUAUUCGAAAGUAAAGAAAGACGACGAAGAAAUGGAGAAAGAUUUACCUUCGGAAGAGGUCCUCGGCGAAGAGGAGAACGUUUCCAACGAAACGUCCGACGAAAGGAAAGAACCGAGAAUCGGGCCCGUGGAGGACUACGAUUUGAUUAAAAUUCGAACGUCGGAGAAGAAAAAGAUCGAUUGGAAGAAUAAAAUAAUGUUGAGUCCUUUGACGACCGUGGGUAAUCUUCCAUUUCGAAGGAUUUGUAAAGGUUACGGCGCCGAUAUCACUUGCGGAGAAAUGGCGUUGGCUCCUAAAAUACUGAAAGGAGCGCACGAGGAAUGGGCUUUGGUAAAACGACACGAAAGCGAAGACGUUUUUGGCAUACAAUUGUGUGGUAAUAAUCCUGGAGUAUUGACGAGAUGUGCUCAGUUAUUGAACGAAGAAAUUGAUAUAGAUUUCAUAGAUUUGAACUUAGGGUGUCCUAUCGAUUUAAUUUACAGACAAGGUGGCGGAAGCGGUAUGCUCAAUAGAUUAAACGUAUUAGAAACAGUUAUAAAGUCGGUUAGUCAAGUCGUGGAGAUACCUUUGUCCGUAAAGACCAGAACAGGAGUUUACAUAGACAAACCUAUAGCGCAUAAUUUGAUGCCAAAGUUUCGAGAUUGGGGCGUAUCCAUGAUUACCGUUCACGGAAGAUCUCGCGAACAAAGGUACACGAAACUCGCAGACUGGAAUUAUAUAGAAAAGUGUGCCCAGGCAGCAAAGCCCAUACCUGUAUUUGGAAACGGAGAUGUCCUUUCGUUCGACGAUUAUCAAAGAGCACUCAAGCUGUGCACUUCCGUAGAAGGAGUGACUAUAGGAAGAGGAGCAUUGAUAAAACCUUGGAUUUUUACCGAAAUGAAGGAAAAAAAGUUAAUAGACGUAAGAAGUACGGAAAGAUUUGAUAUAUUGAAGAGAUAUGCUAAUUAUGGUCUCGAGCAUUGGGGAUCCGAUACGCGAGGCGUCGAAACGACAAGGAGAUUCAUGUUAGAAUGGAUUUCCUUCUUGCACAGAUACGUGCCGGUCGGGCUAUUGGAGAGACCACCGCAGAGAAUCAACGAGAGGCCACCGUUUUACAAAGGUCGAGACGAGAUGGAAACGCUUAUGGCGAGUUCAAACUGCGCGGAUUGGGUCAAAAUAUCAGAAAUGUUGCUUGGAAAAGUACCCGAUGGAUUUCACUUUUUACCCAAGCACAAAGCAAAUUCGUGGAAGUAGCAGGAGAAUCGUAUCUUAUAUUUUCCUCUCUCGCGAGAACUUUUGAAAUAAACUUUAGCGACAAGCGA